AAUGAUUGGAAAUUUAAUUCAAGUAAUUGGGGAAUUAUUAAAUUGCAAAGUGGACUUUCUUUGUACAGCCUAAAUGUCAGACGAUAAGAAAUAUUUUGCUGCUGUUGCUAGUGAUAGAUUAAUAUUUAUAGGAAGCAAAUUGGAGAAAGUUGAAAUAUCUUUAGAGUAUGGUAAAAUAAAAGGAGUGGUUAUAUCAACUAGAGUUCCAUCUAUGUUCUAAAUUCACACAGAUAUUAUUAUUGAUGUUUAUGCAUUUGAAAGAAAAUAAUUAUUAUAAGCACUUAGAUACUCUUGGAUGACUGAUUUUAUGCAUAAAAACUUUUAGUUUAAAUAGUUACCUAUGUUCAAAGAUGAUAUAAAAUCUAAUAUUUCAGAAAAAUAGGCUAUUCUUCCUAAUCUUCUAUUUACUCGAUAUGGAAAAUAAAUCUAUAGAGUUAAAAAUUAUACAUUUAGUUUACCUGAAGAAUAUAAAACCUAAUAUCAAGAUGGUGUCUAUGUACAUAAAGAAAGUUAAUAAUGCAAAAUUAUAGUUUAAAUUACAGAUCCUAUGCCAAUUUAAUUAUUGAGUUCGAUUGGGGAAAAAGCUAAUCUAUAAUAUUAUUCUGAAAUGUUUUUAGAAAUUAUUUUAAAAGGGAUAAAUUCUAAAGAUGAUAGUGCUAAAUAAGACACUAAUUAAAAAAUGUAAGAUAGUGAUGAGGAAGAAAAUUAAGAAGAAGAGAUUUAACAAGAAACUAUUAAAAAAGAAGAAACUCUUGAUUAUUGGAUCAUUUCUUCUCAUAAUUACAAAAAAAGAUCAAAUUUAAUGAAUGAUGUAUCUGAAUGGUUUGGAUGGGAAUUACAUGCAAGAACUUAAGUUUAAGAUAUUUUUAUUAUUAUUUUGAGAAGAGUACAUAUUCCUCCUUUUUUUGAAACAUAUUAAGAAAUAUUAUUUGUUUUAUAUGGACAAGAAUAAAAUCCCAAAGAAUAAGUUUUAGUUAAUGAUAGAGACCUUUUAAAAUUAACAUUAGAAUAAGAUUUAGAAGAACAUGCUUUUAAAAAUGUACUCAGAAAUGCAAUUGACUCUUUAUCAUGUAAAAUGUUUAUAUUCGAGAAAUAGUAUCAAAUAUUUAUAUAAUUAUCUGCAGAUAGAUUACUAUAUAACAAAUAAACAUUAAAUUUCAUAUAUAAUAAAUUCAAAAUAUUCCCAUAAUUCAUGAGUUUUGCUCUAAAAUAUCUUAAAUUAUUAUUUUAACGUUUAGUUUUAUAUGAUAAAGAAAGAUUUUUAAUAUUAGAUAAGGAAUUAAAAUAGAAAUAUGGUUUUAUUUUAGAUCAUCUUAAGGAUUAUAUGACAGAAACAGUUUUAAGUGAUGAGAAUCUCUCAACAUUAUUUGAUACAUUUGAAUAAGCUUCAUUUGUAAGAGAUAAAUCAGGUAAUGAAGAGGAAAGAAAAUUUGUUUGGUAAUAAAAAUUAUCUAAUUAUUUGGGUAUAUGUUUAGAUGGAUUUCUAAUGGGCUCGGCAUUCAGCUUUAAAGAUUUAGUUCCUGUAUUAUAAGCUAAAGUUAGUCUAGAAUUAAAAACAAUUAUAUUAGAAUUAUUUGACUAUUGUUUAUAUGCUGUGCCAAAAAAAGAAUGUAGACCUAUUAAAAAAGGAAAUUUUAUUAAACGACUAGAAGAAUUAGCAUCAAAUAAAUAUUAAUUCAAUGUGAAUAUAGCAAAGUCUUUAAUUGAAGCAAAUUUUUUUUCUUAAGAAGUACUUCUUUAAGAAAGAUCAGGAUUAUAUAGUAGCUUAAUUUGUUAUUUUCUAACAUCUGAUAAUGUGGAUUUGAUAGUUGCAAUUUGCCGUCACAUAAUUAAUUUUUAAGCAGAAAUAAAACAUACAACAGGAUUAACAGAGGCUAUGAUAACUGCAUUUAAACCGAUUUCUAUUGAAUUAAUAAGAUUGUACAGAAGUCAUAAUAGAACUAUUGCAACUUUAGCUUGUGCAUCAUUGUUCAAUUUAUGUACAAACUCAAGAGAAUUCAAAUAUAUUAUAUUGAAUGACGAUGGAGCUACCUUACUGGUAAGUAAAUUGGUAACAAAAGAUAAUUUUUUAUUGCAUUUUGCUUUAAAGUAAAUUUAUUUGAUAAUUUAGAUUAAUAUACUGUGUAAUGAGUAUAACAUAAAAUAUUGAAAAAUUACUUUCUGCAAAUUUAACUGAUUAUUUAUAUAAAAUUUUAGAAGGACCUUAAAUAAAAGGUUGUUAAUAUGAUGCUAGAUGUCUAAUAACCACAUGCCAAAUUUUGAGUGUAUGUUUAGUGAGUGAAGUAGAAUUAAGAAAUAUUGAUCACCUAUUAAUUUUGUUAUAUAAUAUGGUCACUACUUAAGCUGACUAAUAUUUUUUGGAUUAAGAAGAAUCUGUUAAUUUAAAGAGUGAAGCUUUGUAUGUUAUGAGUAAAAUGUGUCACAAAAGUUCAGAAGUUAAGAAAAAGAUUAAUUAGGAAUGUGUACCUUUUUUAUUAAAAUAAAUGGAAAAACUUACUUUCCAUUAAGUUUAAGAAAAAAUUAUUAUGUUAUUGUGUAUUUUGAUAAAAGAAAAUAAAGAAUGGGCUUUAGAUUGGUUAUAAAUGCAAUCAAAAUUAUAAGACAUAUUAACCACUUAUCAUAAUAAUGAUAUUCAAUCAUCAAAUUAUCUUUUGUCAUAAAUUAAAUUUAUUGAUGAUGAGGCUAAGAAAGUUAAAAAUGAAGAAAUGAAGCGAUCUAAACUUGCUCCCACAGCCAGUGUAAUUGCAGAAUAAAUGAUGGAAUAGUUUUAAUAAUAAGAAUCUAGUAUUUAAGAUAAUAAAAAAUCUAUUGUUAGUGAAGCAAGAACUUCAAUGAUUGAAGAUUCUCAAAUAACAGCAUCUAAUGUAAAUAAUAAAUCUACAAAAAUUGCCAGCUAAUUUAAAAAAUCUUCAGUUUCCUGA